AUGUGGAAGGCUGGUGCAACGGAGCCGGUCAGGUUUUUCAUGUUCGACUUUGACCAGACCCUCACAGUGUUUCACGUUUUCAAGUCGCUCUCGGGCUGGAAACAGGAGGGAGUUUGCGCCAGCAUCCCGAAGCCACACGCGAUGAGUGAGCUCGGGCAGGUGGCGCGGAUUGAUGAACUCAGCAGUGGGGAGUUCGCAACCCAGGGUGGCUUCCCCUGCGCGGCUUUCGGUGGAAACAGUCGCGUCGAGGAGGUGCGGAGGAUGUUGCAAAGUCUUCAGAAGGAAGAUGCCGAGAUGGUGAUUUGCACGAAGGGCUUCGUGGGCCCCGUGCAGCUCUGCCUUCAUGCCCUCGGGCUUCGGUCAUACUUUACACAGGUCUAUGGCCACAUCGGCGUCACCUACGGCACAUCGCCCUUUGACAAGCAGGUGAUCGCCGAUCCGCCGGCGCUGGCCCCACAGUUUCUGGGAGAAGCGUGGCAGGCAGAGUGGCGUUCCAAAGAUCAGCUGAUGGUUAAGCUGCUGCAGCAGAAAGGCCUGAAGUCUUCUCAAGGGAUCCUGGUAGAGGACGAUCCUGAGGAAAUUCGCAGGGCCAACCGGAUUUGCAGGACUGCGAGAAGAGGUCGUUUUCGGGGAAGCCUGGGGAAGCCAAGCCAUGGCAGGAAAAGGGAGCAAACCCAAAACACUGCAGGACCCCGUCCAAACACUGCAGGCUUUGGCCCAAGGUGGAAUUCCACCUUUGAGGGAGCUGGAUCUCAGCCGCGAGCUCCCCUGCCAAGAACUAAGUUCUAA